AUGUCAUCAAUCGAUAUGACAAGGGCACCCCAAUUUACACCUAUCCCUCCUCCUCCCCCUCCUCUGACCAAGACGGGCACUUUGAUUUUCAAGGAUGUGACGUUUCACAUACUCAUCAACGAGAAGGAACAGGAACUGAUGGAUAAAGACCCUCCUAUUGAUUUAUACGAACCUAUGAAGAAGUUCAUUGUGGAGAGAGCAGGUGGCACCAUAGUCUCACUUCAAGAAGCUGAUUAUAUCCUCAUCAGACUUCAAGAUAUUCAUCAAUACGCGGAAACAAUCAUUCAAAGAGAAUUAGCACAAAAAGUAAUCCACUUUCAAUGGGUUAUUGAUAGUCUGCUCUCAAGAGAAAGAUUGGAUAAGGAGUGGUAUUGGGGAAUACCGAGGUCCAAAUCAGUAGCGGUCAUGAAAGGAAGGAAAAGAAAUGAUACUUCAACUUCAAGAUCGGCUGACUCUGAUCGGGAAGGAAAGAAUGAUAAAAUACACAGAUGGAAGGACCAAGUGGAAAAGGAAUGUAUCGUAGCUCGUGAUCCAAGACGUCGACCUCCUUCGACCUUCGCCUCUUCCAAUUCCUCUCCCUCUCGAGAUGUUUCUCAGGACCCGAGGAAGAGUCUUGUGACAAUUGAAGAAAAAGCUUUGGAUCCUAGGAAGCGAUUCUCUGAUUCCGAUUUCUCGUCUUCCAUGAGACGAUAUCCGGGUACGGUCACCCAGGUAAGAGCACUUGCCUCUUACCUAGGUUCUGCAAGUAAUGCUGUAAGAUGUGUAUCCGAAAGGCUCCCGUGUCCUCCAUCCCAAUCCUUCAAGAUGAGCCGACUCUAUCGUAGCAUCUCCAUCGGCAAUGGCGAUGGCGCAGGACUCAGACUGAAUCAUGAUUCUAGGAUAUUCUCGGGUGACAUCAUCUGGAUUAGUGGUCCGACAAAUGUGAGGAAAAGGCAUGAACCAUAUAUCAUAAAUCAAGGAGGUACAAUCGCAUCUACACUCAAAUCUGCUACGGUUCUGCUUUUCAUCCGACCGAAUGAACUCCCCACGUGUCGUGAGCUCAUGCGACGUGCUCACGCAAAUGCAUUGUAUUUUGACAUCGAGAUGUUAGCAGAGGGAUGGCUUCACGACUGUUUGACACUGGAGAGAAGGAUAGCUCAAGAUCCGUAUAAGAUCACUCCUGGCGCUUUAUUUGAUGCGGAAUUUUGGCAAAAGACUUCAAAUGGAAGCAUGUUGAAGGAGUGGCGAAAUGACAGAACACUUAGUAACGAUAUCUCACCACUGGAGGAAGAAAAGAAAGCUGUCCGCCCACUCACACCUAUUACCGCAACAGUUGUUUUGAAGCACGAACAGCGUCGGAUGGACACGAAGAAUCUUGUCCUUGCUCCGAGUGAAUUGGUUCCAGAAACGCUUUCAACCCCAGUCAGUCUUCUCAAUAACCUUUCUCCUAGGAUUGCAAGGUGCAUGGAAUUAGACGAUGAGGACCUUGAUGUGCUCUGCACUGAUUCGGAAAGUGAAGCGACCUCCGCCACAGUGCCUUGUUCAAGUCCUAUGGAUCUAGAUGGCCAUAGUCAUUUUGAGCCCAGCGAUGUAGAGGACGAUAAGGACGACCAGACUUACCAAAUCAAGCGCAGAUCGAAGCCUGGAUCAAAGAAGAGAAAACAUAAAAAAUCUUCCGCAAAUGACAGGUCAAGGAAAAGAACGCCCUCCUCAUAUCAAUCAAGCGUAGUUCAACCGCAACACCAGGAAAAAUUUGACAGAGUCGUGAGAGUUCUUGAGGAGGCCACCAAAGGCCAUAUGAUAAAGGGAGGGAUCAAAGCUACGUUGAGGCCAUUGGGUUUAAUGCAUACGUAUCGAAAAUAUGCUUCCUUGGUGAGACAAGCCGUUCCCAACCUUCCUCCUGCAGGAUUUCAACCUGGACACAAAAGCAUAUUUGGCACAGCGAAAAAAGCUUAG